UGCUCUUAAUGAAUAUUUUUGUCUGUGUUGUGUGUGGGCAAGCCCCAUUCGGAAGAGGCUGAUGAUUUAUACAACCUCAUUUUCUUUUUCCCCCUCCAGAAUGGGUUCUAGCUGGGUUCCCUGGGCGGUGGCUUUGUUAAUGACGGUAAUCAGGCUGGACUCCUCCAUGACUCAAGGCAGAGAUCCUCCAGAAGAUUUUGUGAUUCAGGCAAAGGCUGACUGUUACUUCACCAAUGGGACACAAAGGGUGCAAUUUGUGGUCAGAUUCAUCUUUAACUUGGAGGAGUUCGUACGUUUUGACAGCGACCUGGGGAAGUUUGUGGCCUUGACAGAGUUGGGGCAGCCUGAUGCUGAGCUGUGGAACAGUCGACCAGAUAUCCUGGAGAGCAGCAGAGCAUCUGUGGAUUUGCUCUGCAGACGUAACUACUGGCUGGGUGCGCCCCUCACCGUGGAGAGAAAAGUGCAACCGGAGGUGACAGUGCAUCCGGAGAGGACCCCAUCCCUGCAGCUCCGCAACCUGCUGCUUUGCUCUGUGACAGGGUUCUACCCAGGGGCCAUCGAGAUCAGGUGGUUCCGGAACGGGCAGGAGCAGAGAGAGGGGGUCCUGGCCACUGGCCUCGUCAGGAAUGGAGACUGGACCUUUCAGACAGUGGUGAUGCUGGAAAUGACUCCUGAGCUUGGGGACGUCUACACCUGCCUUGUUGAUCAUCCCAGCCUGCUGAGCCCCGUUUCUGUGGAGUGGAGAGCUCAGUCUGACUGUUCUUGGACAAAGGUGCUGAUUGGAGUUGCAGCCUUCCUGGGGGGGCUAACCUUCCUCCUGGCAGGGAUCAGCAUCCACGUCAGGGCCCGCAAAGGACGUGUGGAGACUCAGCUGUCCGGUGAUGAGCCACACUAAGGUCCUAGGUGAAGCGUCUCCCCCUGGAGCCUGAAGUGGAACUGAGUGGCCUGGGCCCUGGACAAAGUCAAGGACGUUCAGGAGGUUGAUGUUCUGGAUGAUUCCUUUCCACGAGCCCUUGGAGGCGUCCUGAACUGAUUCUAGUUUUGUGUUCUGUGAUCAUUCAUCUCUUACCCUUCUGCCUUUCUUCCUCCUACUUGUCUUUAUUAGUCCCUGUUUCUAAGAACAGGGUCCCUAAAUCCCCCUAAGACCCAGCUCCUCCCAGUCCCAACCCCUUUACUUUUCUCUGGUGCAGCCCUUACCCAGAAAUCACUAUUUUCAUCUUCUCUCUUGCAACGGCAGCCCCACAGUCCUAAGAAGAUGCAUAUUCAGUCACUGUUCCCUUUUCAUUGUUUUUUUAGGUCUUUUUCCUUCAAAAUAAAACUGUGAUACAUAUAAUCCCAUCAAA